AUGUCAACAGUACCAAUCUUGAAAGAUCUAUCAUUCUACUCAAAUCCAGAUCUACAAAAGUCAAGAUAUGAAAAUCUUAUCAAAAGUUUUAAAGUUAAUUUCCCAAAUGAUGAAGUGAAUUUCAUUGCAAGGUCUCCUGGUAGAGUCAAUUUGAUUGGUGAUCACAUUGAUUAUAACUAUUUCCCUGUAUUACCAAUGGCAAUUGAAGUUGACGUUAUUGCUUCUGUUUCAUUAAACGAUUCAAAUAAAAUAGUUAUAACGAAUACAAACCCUAAUUUUGAAAGAUAUACUAUUGAAUUACCAGCUAACUUGGAGAAUAUUGAUAAAGAUAUUAGAAUAGAUGAUGUUCACUCAUGGGGUAAUUAUUUCAAAUGUGGAUUAAUAGUAGCGUCUAAAUUUUUAAAUGAAACAACCACUACAAACUCAUUAAAGGGUAUGCAUAUAACUUUCAAUGGUACAGUACCGACGGGUGGAGGAUUAUCAUCAAGUGCAGCAUUUUGCGUUACAUCAACAUUAGCUAUAUUAUACGCUAACGGCUGUCACCAAAUCUCGAAAUCGGAUUUAACUAAAAUAACAGUAGUUAGUGAACAUUAUGUUGGUUUAAAUAAUGGAGGAAUGGAUCAAUGUGCCUCGAUUUAUGGAGAACAAGGCAAAGCUUUACAAAUACAAUUUAAACCUACCAUCAAAGGAAUACCGUUUAAAUUUCCUGUUGAGAAUUUAGUGUUUUUGAUUACUAAUAGUUUACAAGUUUCUAAUAAGCAAGAAACUGCUCCUUAUCAUUAUAAUUUACGAGUUGUUGAAAUGGCUAUUGCUAGUGAUUUAUUAGCUAAGAAAUUAAAUCUCGAGAAUUCUGAGCUAGUUAAAGAUUCUAAUUUAGGAGGAUUUUCUUUAAGAAGUGUGAUGGAUGGAUAUUGUGGUGAAUGGAAAGAUGAUGAUUAUGAAACUGGUAUUUUGCAUUUACAAAAAAUGAUCGAUGUUGUAGAAACAAAAUUGACUAACAAGAAGGGAUAUUCAGUAGAUGAAAUAUGUGAAGAAUUAGGCAUAUCAACAGAAGAAUUUAAAACAAAAUACUUAACGAAAUUUCCAAUAAAAUUUCAAGCUUUAAAAUUAUAUCAAAGAGCAUUACAUGUAUACAAAGAAAGUUUAAGAGUAUUACAAGUAAUAAAACUAUUAUCAUCAAACACUUCAGACUUUUUCAAUAAGUUUGGUGAAUUAAUGAAUGAAUCACAACAAGACUUAGAUUUACUCAAUGAAUCAUCAAAUUCCAAAUUAAACGAAAUAUGUUCAAUUGCUUUAAGUAAUGGAAGUUUUGGAUCAAGAGUCACAGGUGCUGGAUGGGGUGGAUCUAUUGUUCAUUUGACUAAUACUGAAGAUUUACCUAAUUUGAUUGAUAGUUUGAGAAAUUACUAUAAACAAGAAUUUCCUCAAAUUAGUGAAAACGAAUUGGAUGAAGCUAUUAUUGAUAGUAAACCUGGUAUGGGUAGUUGCAUAAUUGCAUCAACUAAAUUCUAA